AUGUGGGCGAACCGGCGUGCUGCUGCACUCAAUCGCAUCCGCGGACCCCAGUCUGCCCUCACAGACUUCCUCGCCUCUCACAACAUCUCGGCCCAACAGAUCCAACAGGAUUACCAGCAACGCCUCGCCGACGCCGAGCGGGAGAGAAGAGAAAGUACCGAAAAUGCGGAUGUGGGCCAAGAAGAAGCAUCCGACGAUGACAGCGAGGAUCCUGUCGAGCGCAAGAAGCGUAAGAGAAAACAAGAGAUGGCUCUGAUGAAGAUCAAACAGAGCAAAGAGUUCAAAAAGCGCAAAAUGGAGCGUGAACUCGAGGAAGGCAGCGACUUCGAAAUGGACGACGAUGAAAUCGCCAGAGCCAUGAUGGCCAAAGCCAAGCCUCUGCCCGGCCAACUCGAUAACUGUGAGCUCUGUGGCAAGAGAUUUACAGUGACACCCUACAGCAGGACUGGGCCUGACGGUGGUCUUUUGUGCACAAAGUGCUCCAAGGAACUGAAGGAGGAGGAAAAGAAGGAUGCCCAGGCGAAGAAGAAGAGAGCUUCAGUCCCAAAAGGUCGGCGUCGACAGACCGAAAGCGAUCGAAUGAUGGGCGACGUCAAACCAGGCGCCAAAAGCCUAGUCGACAUGUGCGUUCGUAAAGUGGCCGACGUCGUCAAUGACAUUGAGGAAUUUGGUGACAUGCCGCAAAACCUGUUGGAUCGAUUGAGCCAAAUCUUCUCUAAACGGAGAGUCCUCACUCCUCGGAUCCUCGAGCUCUUCCUCCGCCCUGAUGUCGACCGUAUCAUCGUGUACGACUGCGGCAAGCUGGAGCAGGAAGACUUCCAGAAGAUCUUUGCACUGAUGCCUCAAGUCGAGAUCGUUAACCUGCGCUUUGCGGGCCAGCUGAAAGACGGGCCGCUCCUGUACAUGGCCGACAAGUGCAGGAAAAUCCGUCACCUUCAGCUUGGGGCAACAAACCUAGUCUCGGACAAUGCCUGGGUUGAGCUAUUCAAUUCGCUUGGUCCUCAACUGGAAAGUCUCAAGUUGUCGGAACUCAAUGAUUCCUUGAAGGAUGAAACGGUGGUGGUACUGGCGGAGAAGUGUCAGAAACUCAAGAGACUCAAGUUGAGGUCUUGUUCUCACAUGGGCGAGGCAUCGAUCGAGGCUCUCUGCUCGCUGCAAAACCUUGAGCAUCUCACUCUCGGCAGCGUCGCACAGGAGACCGACGGGGGAGAUCUUUACACACUUGUGAGAUUGGUUGGUGCCAACCUUCGUACCCUUUGUCUAGAAGACUUCCAUGAACUCGGCGGCGAUGUCCUCCUGGGCAUCAAGAAUUAUUGCCCAAAUCUCCACAAACUGCGUAUCCGAGGAAGCAGCAUCUGCCUUGAUGAGGACUUUGCCGAUCUCUUUGAUCGCAAAUGCCCCUUCCCUCCUCUGCUCUACGCCGACUUUUCCGACAACCGCGACAUCGACAGCAUGAACCCGGAAGGCGAUGAAGACGACCUCAUUGGCUUUGGCUCUCUGGCGUUCUCAGCACUUAUGGCCCAUUCCGGUUCUCGACUCGAGCAUCUCAAUCUCAAGUCUUGUCGUCACAUCUCUCACGCUGCCCUUCUUGAAGUCUUUGACGGUGUCAAGCAGUAUCCUUUCCUUAGAGAUCUGGAUUUGUCCUUUGUUACACAGGUGGAUGACGUGGUCAUGACUGGAAUAUUCAAGAGUUGUCCUUCGCUGGCCAAGUUGGCUGUGUUUGCCUGCUUCAACGCCAGGUCGACGAGUAUCCCGGCCGGAAUCGCCGUGAUCGGAUUGCCGAACGCGAGUGCGAAUAUUGUGCAGGGAGACUUCGUCGCCGAGGUGUAA